AUGGCAGAUGUCAUUCCGAUCGAAUGUGAACUACCAGGCGCUGAGUACGCCUUUCAAGAUGUCACCAGUCUUUUUCUCGAGGCCUCUGCUGAAGAAAAAACUGUAGAGUUGGAGCCUGACAACCUACUCUUCAUGGAGAACUUCACGUUGCAAGAUGCCAUGAGUGCCCUUGAGAUUGGCGAGCCUCGAUUAGACAGCGGACUAGUCGUGCAGGAGCAACUAAGACCGCCUUUUGACCCUCUGAAACCUUUGCUACCAGAGGAGGUUUGCUGGAUACUGGACAAAGCGCUGGCGUUUGAGUUGGAAUUUCACGCCGGAAACUUCUUAGCCCAUACCGUCCACACCCUCCUUUAUGUUCACCACAUACGAGAUAUUGAUCCUGACGUGUUAGUGCGGAACACCGCCAAUGUUGACCCCGCCCGGCCUAUAGAACUUAUUACAAUCGUUCUACGAUCCGCCGUUCAGGGGCUCUUAAAAUGCUGCGAUCUUACUUGGAGGGAGCUUGCAAGAGGCGGGAUGUACGAUGUUCAAGAUUGGCAAAGCGACAAGUGUGAAGUCAGUCUCCUUGAGGGCAUGCCUACUCACCACAUAAUCACCAAACUCGAUGAUUCGAUUAUCUGGCUGCUUGAAUCUUCUUGCAAUGCCCAUAACGUGGAAAAACGCGCUCAGAGCUCGAUUGCUUCUUCGAAAGUCAUGAGCACCAUACCUAGCCAAGAUCGGUUUGAGUUCCAGAGGCUUCUGUUACUCGCCAGAGAUCAUCUUCAUACAGUCAAAUCAAAUCCAUCACCGGACUGUGAACCUGGGUCUCCAGCUCAACUUGCUUUCGAUCCGUACAUCGGCAGACGCCUACAGACUGCGACACCUAUUCGUAUUGUUACUCCGCCAUCCAUUGAAGACACUUACAAAAGCUUGUAUCGUUUACUCGACGGUCUAUACGAAGUUGGUUUAUUGGAAACCUUCGACCAAAUAACCGCGUGGGAGAUCGUAGGGAACCUGAAAUCCUGGUUAGCGCAACCCCCUCCAACCACACCAUAUGUAAGAUCGUUAUUGCAGACGACAUUCUACGACGGCGUUUUGAUCCUCAACAAAUACUCAUUUGAAUGGAUGAUCAACCGGUUUUUCUUCGAAACGGUUGGAGUCAAAUACGACGCCAUAAAGUCAUUGGUCACGAUAAGGUGGAAAGGAACUGAGGCGGAAACAUUUUUCAAGAAGGCGGAACGGACACUGAAACGUCGGCAUUUUAUGAAAUUGCUAAUAGAGUGGCAUGCAUUGUAUGACAUUCUAUUGCAGAUUAGAGACAACACCGACCUCGAGGGUCUUCCGCGAGGGCAUAUUCUCAAUCACCUACCCGAUGCCGCCCUUCUGUGGCGACUAUCUGACAUCCGUGAAAUCGUUUUCUCGGGCUUUCAAAUGGAAUUGUAUGCAAAAGAGGAAAAAUCGUUUGCAUAUUGGUAUGCUGCCCAAGUCAUCGACAAGCAUCUUGCUUGUCUUGAUGAUUUGCUACCUGUGGUGGAUGACGGCUCAAGCGUGCAUAACGAGAUGCUGUUCCAAAUACAGUUCCUUACCGCAUUACAGUCUUUGUGCACAGCCUCCUUUGUGGUGUCUCUCCCGUUAACGUCAUUCGAUUGGACGCGGACGAAGCCAACGUUCUUUCGCCGGUACAAGUGGGCGUUCAAGUUGGAGUAUGAGGUCUUCAGUAGCGUGCCUGUUGCACAACCAGAGUUGCAUGAGUUCAUACGAACUUGUGCUCAUAUACUGCAAAACGGGAACCCUGUUCCGGUGGAACCCGUACACUUGGCUAAAUCAAUUUUGACUGAUCUUGUCAAAUCAAACAAUGUCGGCGGUUGGGCAGGCCUGUGGGCUAGAGAAAGAGUCCAGCUCAUCCAAAAUCUUUUGUCCGUAUGUGAUAACCUUGCAGGCCUUCCGAGUACAGCAGAGGAGAUGGAAGACUUUAGGCCAAUGAAUCUAAAGUGGGAUCCGGAGUAUCAUCCUUGGUUCCCUUCUCUUUCACAACCACAGCAACCUCAUUCGGGAAAAGUCAACGGAAACGGCUUCUGCAUGAAGGAUCCUGAAAGUUGA